UUGGGCCAGGUUCGGGCCCAUUCAUACUUGUAAGCUCUCUAAUUUAUACCAGUUCAAGAUCAAGUUGAUUGGUUUUUGCACUUCUCUUGUCUCGGUGCUGCGUAGCGCAGAUCAAACCAAUAUAAUAUCCAUAAUAUCACUAUGUAUGUAUGUAGCUUUCAUAAAGGAUAAAAUAAAAAAAAAAUACCAGAACGACCAGAACAAAGAGAAGAAUUGAAAUGGCGAUGGCUCAGCAGACAGUGAAUACAGCUAUCGACAGCCUCUCUGCUGCCUUGAAGAGCAACAUCAUCCCGAAUCAAGAGUAUUUUCUUCAGGGAAGCAUUUUAGACUCUUCGGUCGAGGUGCUCUUGCACAGGCUGCGGGGACUGUGUGACAACGUCGACACUACUUUGGAAACUUUCCACGAUCAUGAAAUGUGCUUCAGCAUUCGUGGUCCAAAUAAUGCUCAACCAGCCUUGCAGUUGAGAGUGAGGAGGUCGUUGGACCAUAAUGGUAUGCCCAUGCAGUUGCGCUACAUAGGCCAACCUGAGAUAGGUGACAAAUCUCGGCCAACCGUUUUAAGGAACAGCAUUGAUAUUGGUACCUCAAACACCGUGGUUGAGUUCCUGACAGAGCUAGGGUGCCGUAAAGACUUUGAGUACUUAGCCAAAGGUUACAUGUUCAGGAAGGGUAGAAUGAAAAUCACAGUCUUUAAGGUGUUUAAAAUUGAUGAAACGCGGAAAAUGAGUGGUGGGGCAUUCGAAUCUCUGACCGCUUUGACACACUCUUACCUGGUAGAACUCAGUGUUCUGGCGCCAAGUGGACAAGAUGCGAUUGCUGAUGACAUGCGUUGUUUUGCUGAACAACUGCGUCCGCUUGUGCAACUAGAGAAAAUCGACUACAAAAGACUGGUUCAUGGCCCGUAAAUUACAAACUCCAUACGCUCCAGUAAGAAAUUAUUGUGUGUUUGAUGGUAUUAUAAUUUAAAAUGUCAAAAUUACUUCAAACCUCUGAUGUAUUCAAUAAUCUCUCAGUUCGUAAAUUCUUCAAGUAAAUUCCAUGAUCAAUA